AUGGCACUCCACGCGCAAGACGGUAAGAAAGAUGACGAACAGGAAGAAGGAGACGAAAACAAGGACGAAGAGAAGGAAGACAAGAAGGAAGAGAAGAAGGAGGAGGAAAGUGAAGAGACAAGGAAGCGCAAGCGGGAGGAAGACAUCGAACGAAGAAAAAAGGAGGGACGGCCGACAAAGACUGACCCAAGAAGCCGCAACCUCUUUGGCAAGCUGUUGGGACAUCUGCAUUCCGCAAAAGACAGGUUGCAGAAGGAAAAGACUAGCAAGAUGGGCGAACUCCAGCAGAAGGCUUUGAGCCGAGUGGAAGAAAAGGUUAACGUGAGCAGGAUGAACAUCAAGGAGUUCAGGAAAGGACAGUUCGAGAAGCAGCUGGUAGAGGAACAGGCGAAGGCAGCCGAGAUAGAAAAGCAGAUUGAGGAGAAAGAAGUUCUCUUGCUGCAGCGUCGCCUGGAGAACCACUACUCGCUCAUGAUGAACUUCAUCCGUACGGAGGUUCAGCCGACAAUAUUCUUCCUUCCCGCGAAGCACACACGCGACACUGAGAAGCAGCUGGAGGAGUCCCGUGAUGUGCUGAAGAACAAGAUUGCAACUCUAAGGAUGCAGUUCCGCCAUGAGGCCUCCAAGAGUGCAAGUGCUGCGGCCGCGGAAGCCGACGCAAAGGAUCCGUCUGAUUCGAAAGGUCCCGCUGCGGGAGAGAUGGAUGUGGAGGAGCCACAGAAUGAGGCUGCGCAGGGCAAGCUUCUCAGCUCGAACCAAGAGCCGGAGGAGGAUGCCGCCGCCAGUGACAGCUCGUAA